GGAAUGAACCAGAGAAAAGCAAACCUGUUGAAAAAAAAAAUGGAGGAAGGUAAAUACAAUGUUCUCCCUGAUCUUCCAGAACAUGUGAUCGCUGAAAUCUUAGUCAAAAUUCCACUGGAGUGUCUAAACGAGAAGUUCAGAUACAUAUGUAAAUCAUGGAAUAGAUUGAUCAGCAGCCCUGAGUUCAUAAGAAGGAUUAAGAUUCACCGUAAUCCUGAAUUUCUGAUCCAAGCUGGAAUGCGAUACAAAACUAGUUUACUGAUUGUUGAUGAGGAAAGGCUUCACUUCCAAUUAAAGAAUAUUGAUUAUCCUCAUAUGGGACAGAUCCGUUCUAGUUGUAACGGACUGAUUUUGGUUGAUAAUAAUUCACCACUGCUAGGAGUGUUUUCAGUCAGGAAUAUUGUCAAUGGUUCUGUAAUCAAUCUUCCUAGGUGUCCUAGUGGUUGUUACCAUGGUACUUGUGGUGUAGCACUAGGGUAUGUUCCUUCCUCAAAGGAGUACAAAGUGGUUCACAUGUAUGCUGAUGGUUUUGGGUUCGAAAUAUUCGCAUUCUUCAUUGAUAACAAGACAUUCAGCUUCAUGAGCCCUGACAACACAUGGAAAAGGAUUCCAGGGCCUUUCAAUGCGCCCUGUGAAAGACCUUUUAACAUCGAGCAAUUCACUUGGAGUGACCCUGUCUUGAUAGGUGGACAAGUCAUGCACUGGUUUGUUGAUUCAGAUAAGUACAUUAUUUCAAUGGAUAUCAGUGAUGAAAAAGUGAGCAAGACAAAUCUUCCAAACUGGGGCAAGCAAAUUAACAGGCUCAAAUAUGAUUUGGUGGAGAUUGAUGGAAAGCUUUCUUUCAUAUACAGAUACAAUAGUUGCAUCAUUGAUAUUUGGAUUUUGAAGGAUUUUUCUAAACAGGUAUGGUCAAAGGAACACACCAUCAAUGCAAGUGCGACAAAAUUUACAAGCUUGAAUACUGACUCUUUGAUACACCGCAAGAAAAGCAAUACUUUACCAGAUACUGAGGAAGUUCAGAGGGAGGAUGCAUUGACAGGUAGUGAAGAGAAGAAUGACAAGUUGCCUGCUUUUCAAAAACUGGUACUAGUUGCCUCCCUGCGAAAUGGGGAGGUAUUGGUUUUUAAACACCAGAACAAAUCUGGUGUCGAUGAUCGCGUGUAUGUUUAUGACAUGAAACUGCAGGAAUUGAAGAAACUUCAAAAGAAGAUCAAAUCUGAACCUAGAUUCAUACCCUAUAGGAGCAGUUGCAUCAGCUGGAAAAACUAAGAGAGAAUGUGCAAGUGAGAGCUACACACACUCAAGAAUCUUGUCAUCAAAAUCCAAUAAUAUUUUUUAUCAUUAUUAAUUUUAUAUUUUUAUUUUUUGUGCUUAGCUCUCUGACAUUCUGCGUUGAUAAAGCUCAAAUUGAUUA